AUGGCAGCAGAUGAAGUUAACGAAUCGAAUUGUGGUGUGUGCUCAAAAGUAGUGAAAAAUAAUGAUAAUGCUAUUAUUUGUGAUGGUCUUUGUGCCAAUUGGUACCAUAUAAAAUGUGUAAAGAUAUCUUCAAUCGAUUACCAAAAGAUACAGGAUCUUGGCAGCAAGAUUAAGUGGUACUGCGAUACGUGUAAUUUGAAGGUUAAAAAUGCAAUCUCGAACUUGAACUGUACGAGUGAUUCUAUUUCUAUAGCAGACAAUGGUGAACCUCUACGUCUUAAUGUAAUUCUUGAUGAGCUCAACAAGAUAAGUGAGAACUAUCUCCAUUUAUGUAAAAGAGUGGAAAUUGUAGAAAAUUUCCAAACUGUGACACAGAAGCCCAUACCAACAGGGCUACAAGAUGUGACUCAAAUCGACAAGCCACUGCAGGUCAAGCAUAAACUUUCAGUAGCUAACAAUAAUUGUGACGGUGUUCAAUGUGAACUCAAUAGCUCAGUUUCUUGUAAUAAAGAAAAGUCUGACAUAAUAACUUGUGACAAUUCAUCAAAAAUUUUACCAAGUGACAAACCAACUGCUGAGAAAGAUUUGACUCCUACUAAGUUUACUUGUGUACCAGUUUCCACUGAAAAGACUUCAUCACAGCUACUUUUUAGUCAAGUUGCUGCGAUUGCAACUAGUGGAGUGGCAAGGGUCAAUAAGCAGCCAACGCAACCUGUUAAAAGGAAUGUGCUCAGAACGGUAAAUAAAAGGAAGUCACUAUUUAUAUCGCGACUGCAUCCAGAGGUGAAGGAAGAGGAUCUGACCACAUAUUUAUCAGCAUCAGGAUUUGAGAGCUCAGAGUUUGAGUGUGUGAAGCUAAAAUCAAGAUCUGCUGUGAAUGCAUUUGGUGACCUGGAGGUCCAGCCUGUCAGGGGAGACUCCCAUGAGUACGGCACUCAUAACAGAUUAAGGCUGGAUCUCCCAUACUGCAGGUUGGGGAGGAUGCAAUCCAGUGUGGUCUACCUGCCGGGAAAGAUUAUAAAUAAGCUGCCCAUUUCAGUGAGGAGUCUACCUGUGGCUGCCCUAAAGCAAAGGUUGGAGCACUUCCUGCAGGAGAAUCCUUUCUACUCACUUAACAAAUUCUUUGAAUGUGACAGUGCACUGUUUAUCGAAGUGUUGGAAACAGGCUGACCGUGCAGAGGAAUCUUACUGCUUUGAGACGCGUUGUCUGCAAUCUGUAGACAUGGAUUACUUCACAUCUUAAUAAUCAAUCACCAGUUCACUUUUCUGAUUUCUGCAGCUUUAUUAAAAUCUUGGGAGCUCGUUAGCGUGCAGCAGUCAAAAAUCUCACAAUUUUGAGGGUCGACUUCUGUGAUCUGUGGCAGUCCCACCAACGGAGAUCUUAUGAGAGAUAAUCCAAGUAGCUGUGUGAAUCGAAUUAAGUGAAGCCGUCAUUGCACAUGCCUUCUAACACGGAGAGAAGAAGAGCAACUCUUCAAUGCUCUGGGAGCUACUCACAAAAUAACGAAAGAUUUGGAGAUAAUAGGAAUACUCAAUGUCUGUCCAUUGCCGUGGCAAUGUCCGCAUAUGUCCAGAUUAAUCCCAAUGAUAUUCCGACCACUGAAGUUAUAGAUAAAAUAAUUAACGCUGGAGACGCCCAUUACUCAAAAACCAGG